AAGAAGCGGUGGAUGCAACACGUUUUCGACGCAACGCGUUUUCGGCGUUAUUGCACGAGCUUAUAAUUACACCUGCAAUUAAAGGCAAAAGCAUUCUACAUGUAUCCGUUUGUUCUGGAUUAUAUCAAUCCGGUGAAUUGAAAGACUCCUCCGUCAGCCGUCUACAACAACAGAUGGCUGGGGCGCACUCUUCCGGCCAGAGCGCUGCGCCCCCGCAGAGCUGGUCCGUGAGCUGCGCACCGCCCCCUCCGCGCCCGCCUACGCCAGGCUGCGCCAGCACCUAAGUGAGCCCUUCUGGGCCUUGGUGUUCGUGAGGGAGGGCGGCCUGGACACGCUGCUCGACACCCUGAAGGACCUAAAGGGGCAGGAGGGGAGGCCCCUGAAGGAGGAGUGCUCGCACAGUCUGAGGUACGUCAUGGACUCGAGGGUAGGACUGGACUACAUCAUGGAGAACUGCGACUACGCUCAGAAGCUUGCAACAGCCCUGGAUACGGAUGACAUCACAGUCAAGAAACAAGUCUUCGAGCUUCUGUCAGCAUUGUGUGUCUACAGGCCGGAUGGUUACACGAGGGCUUUGGAAACACUGGAGCAUUACAAAAAGCUGAGAAAAGGCUGCCGCUACCGUUUCCAGCCCGUUGUGGAAGAGAUGAGAUCCUCCGAGCUGUCGGACUACACCACGGCCCUGGUAGCAUUCGUCAACUGCCUGAUUAUCUCUCCAGCGGCUUUAGAAGACAGAAUACGCAUCAGGAACGAGUUCCUGGGUUUGAAGAUUCUAGAGGUCCUUAACAGAUUUAGGAAACAGUGUCAGCAAGGUGCUAAUCCGGACUUAGCUGUCCAGCUGGAUGUGUUCGAUGAGCAACGUUCCACAGAUGAAGGUCAGCUGUCUGGACCCGAUGGAGUCGAUUUGAGUUCUCACAUGGACGUCUUCUUCGCUAUUCUCAGGCAGAUUGCAGAAACACCUCAAGAAACUCCAUUCCUCAGUAUACUUCAACAUCUGUUGAGAACAGACCUCAACCAGCCCCUCUCUGAAGUAGUGUGGGAAACGGCGGAAACCCUCGUGCACAGAGCUACCUUACUUGAAAGCAAGCAGGAAGCAGACAGACUGCUCAGGGCUUCAAACCUCGGUGGUCUCAUGCGGUGUUUCUGUUCUUGCCACUAUCGCUCCAGUGGCGCUGUCACCGAAAAUUGUGAUGGAACACCCACCAAGAGGCACAGACCGAAUCUGUUGUCCUUUUGCUCAUCAGAUGGAACACGAACUCCUCAUCAGAUGUUGUCUCCAAACCAGCACCAACCUCCACCAACUCCGUAUGAUGGAGCAUCCAUUUCUAGUCCAGUCGCUGGCAAAGAUGUUUCAAGGUCGCACUGUAAGUUGUCCAUGCUGAAACAGAACUCAGCGUCACCCAAUGCGCUCAUCAGACAACAAUGCGUCGACGUCCAAGAUGUGCUGUCCAACAGCAUUUCAUCUGUGGGGACAAUUGGUCAGUCUUUAAAUGCUCAAAGCCACGCUCAGGAUUACAGAAUACUUCAUUGUGAUAAUAAACUGCCUUCCACUGAACAGAGCUCGAGUGCAAGUGCAGAGCACUUGAAUAAAUCAUCUAUGCCAAAUCAUAUCUCUCCCAGUAGCUCUUCUGUGAGUGAUUCCAUCUUCCAGAAUAAUUCUUCAACGCAAGUUUCUCCCCCACCUCCUCCACCGCCUCCCCCUCCGCCCGCACUCUUCAAAAACCUCACUUCCCCUCCCCCUCCUCCACCUCCUCUUCCCCCAACGUUAAACCCUGCGCCACAGCAUGUGAAGAAAGAACCUCAGGAAACUAAGUUACCACAGCAAGACACACCAAAGCCUAAGUCCAAAAUGAAAUCCUUCAACUGGAGUAAAAUCCCUGUGUCAAAAGUUAUAGGAAAGGAUAAUCUAUGGACUAGAGUUGCCAAAAGUCACACUGGAAGCGUGAACGAUCUGGAUUUCGAUAUUAUGGAGGGACUUUUCUGCCAACAACCAAUCUCAACCAACGGAUCAUCUCCAAAAUAUGGCAACGAUUCCGUAGAAGGAAGUGACAAAAAGAAGAAGGAAAUUCAAGAACUCAAUUUGUUGGAUGGGAAAAGAAGUUUGAACAUCAACAUAUUUCUGAAGCAGUUUCGAAGUUCUCACGAAAAUAUCGUAAGAAUUUUGGAAGAAGGAGCUCAUGAGGAUUUGGGAGCCGAGAGGCUCAGGGGAUUGCUCAAAAUCUUACCAGAAACAGACGAAGCAGAAAUGCUGAGAAAUUUUGAUGGAGACAAGAGCAAACUGGGAAAUGCAGAGAAAUUUUUGCUGCACUUACUCGGUGUUCCAAGCUACAAGCUGAGAAUCGAGAGCAUGCUACUCAAGGAAGAAUUCAUGGCGAAUCAGGAGUUCCUGGAAAGCGGAAUCGAAACCAUACGCUGUGCUGUCCAAGAGCUCGAGGAAUGCAAGAAACUGCACGAGAUCCUCUACAUGGUGCUUGUGGCUGGCAACUUCUUAAAUGCGGGUGGUUACGCCGGUAACGCAGCUGGCUUCAAAAUGCUGUCCCUCCUGAAGCUGACAGACAUCCGUGCCAACAAGCCCAGCGUCACACUCAUCCACUAUGUAGUAGAGCAAGUGGCAAAGAAACGACCCGAUUUGUUGGAGUUUUUGGAGGAAGUUCAGAAUUUGGAAGAAGCUUCUAAGAUAUCAAUGGAGACCUUGAAGACUGAUGUGGCUUCACUAAGUCAAAGAGUGUCUAAAAUUUCAUCGCAAGUCGCAGUAUCCGAUGAAGAAAUCAAAUCUCAGACGCAGGAUUUCUUACAGUUUGCCGAAAGUAAAGUGAAAACGCUCCAAAACGAGAUCAACAAUUUGGAAGAUCUCCGGCAAAGGUUGGCCGAUUUCCUGUGCGAAGACACGGACGCCUUCAAGCUGGAAGACUGUUUCAAAGUGUUUCGCAAUUUCUGCUCCAGGUUCAAGUCUGCCCUUCAGGAAAAUGAGAGAAGACAGAAGCAGGAAAAACUUGCAGAAGCCAGACGUAAACAAAGAGAAGAACAAAUUGCACUGAAAAGAAGGAGCCUAGAGCUACCCGAUGCGAGAUCAUCAGCCCAUGCUGAUCAAAUCAUGGAUCAACUGCUGGGAGACAUCCGAAGUGGUUUCCCAGAAAGAAGGCUUGAAGAUGUGUACAGGAGGAGCAAGAGCCGUCCCGAAGCGGAAGAUAAGCAUGAUGACUUCAGAAGUAAAUCUCUGAAGCGCCACAGCGAUCCCGCUAUGGGUGCAAAGUGUGACUACAUGAGCAACUUCCCUGAUGAUAGGAACACGAUGAAAAACAGAAGACCGAGGCUCCAUGACGAACUUGAAAAUGGUGACAUUAUCGAAUAUCUGCAAAAUCCGACGGACGCAGAAGACUAUCUUCUGGAAAAAAUGUCAGUAAGACGUUCAGGGCGAAGGAAAAGGGUGGAGAUAAAUGCCAGAGAGAGAGCUGGUUCAUCUCCGCCCUCGACACCAUUGCCGAUCAUGGAAGUCAAAGAGUCCGAGGAAUCUUCCAAACAGAAACUCCGUGCCAAGAUCAACGAGUGGAUGUUGCAAAAUGAGCGGGAGCAGAAACGUGACCGCGAUCUUCAGCUAAAGCUGCAACAAGAAAGAAAGAAGAGGAUGCAAUUGGACCAGCAAGGGCUGUUGAGUCAAGAAACGAACUGUAAGAACGUUGCCGAAACAAAAAACGAAAUUUUGCCCGAAGACAACAAAAUUGUUUCUGGUGCGUCUCAUGAAAAUAUAUCAAAAGAAGUAAAGGAUGUGCAAUCUUCAGAAAAUGACAAUUUUACGCAAAAAAUUAUUUGCCUUUUAGAUGCUGCCUCAAACAAACCAAAGCCUUUCGAAAGGACUCGAUUGUACCAAAGCGUAAAAGAGAGUGGGAGUGAGAAGCACAAAGUAGUAUCAAAAUCAAAAGAUGAUGAUCAAAUAUUACAAUCAUCUAGAAAAAAUUCCUCUCAAAUUCGUGAAGAAAAUGAAGGAAGUCUAGGCUCCGAAAAUCAGGAUAAACUAAUGACAAAUCAAUCUCCAGUGGUCAAUAACAAUUUUGAUAGAUUUGCUUCCACAAGAAAGACACAAAGACGCUUGAAGCUCAAAGAAAUGAGGUUAGAAGCUGAAAAUGUUAUUAAAGGCUCUGUUUCUAAAGAGGAUGCCAAAGAAAUUGUAAAAGAUUCACUAAGUAUUGCGCAAACCUAUAACACAAAUGAUAGAGAAGAUUCUACUAAUAAGGAAAAUUCUAACCAAACAGUAAUGACAAAUGAAACUACCGAUUCGAAAGUUGAACCAUAUGAAAAUAUUUCUUUGGAUAAAACUAGAGAUAAGGAUAACUAUCCAACGUUAAAUAGCCCACUUAUAAACUCGAAUUCUGACACGACGCCAACAAAUACUCCUUUUGCAAAUAGACCGAGGAAUACCUCAUUAAGAUCUCGACAAUCUAGGUUAGCACGUAGGUUGGAUUCUCUAACAACACCAGUGACUUCUCCUGUUAAUGAAAACACAAGUAUUAUUGAAAAUGGAGAGACAGAAAACCUACCGAACUCCGAAAUAGAUCGCGAAAAUGCAAAUACAAAUCUUUCGUUUGAGAAUGCGAAUGUACAAGGUACAAGUUCUGUAAGAAAUCGCAGUCAACGUAAUGAAGAGCAAAAAUCGGGAAAAUCACCAAAUGGUCAAUUGGAUAUUGGAAAGCCACCUACCAGGAAUAUCUCGCAUAAGGUGACAGUAAGUACCGAGACAAAGAGUAAGGUCAUUGUUCCAAAAGCGAAUUCCAAGAACACAUCCAAUCCACUUCCUCUUAGAACUUUACCGCCAAAGACAAGUAUUCCGAGCGUCAUCAAAACGACUCAGAACGUCAAAGUACAACAAACGAUUCAAAGACCACCAACCACAGUUAACAGAUUGUUUCAGCCUGGCAAAUCUCUAACGACUGGCAAUGGCGUGAAAGGAACUUCGAGUCGUACAAAAGUGAACACAAAUUUUGAAUCGCCCAAAACAGCUGAGAAAAGUGCACCAAGCAAAGAACAUUCUACAAUUAACGGUAAAACUGAAAACAGUACCAGCCGAUCUUCGAGCAUAUCGUCUUUGUGCAGUGUCAGUACGAAUGUCAAGGUUGUGAAAGGUGAGCAGACCGUCAACGGUAGCCUCUCUCGCCAGGUGAAUGGAAAGAAAAUUACUAUUAAUCAUAAUGGUAGUGUGAAAUUUGUCAAAGAAAGAACGAACAAUGUUAACAAGUCUGCCAAGGCAUUUCACGGACCUUUAAGCAAUUCGAACUCAAACGGAGGGCUCAAGAGCUCAGCAGAACCUACAAAAAUUAAGCAAACUAAUAACUGUGCAGGAAGAAGAAAGGUUGUUUCCUAGGCAUAAUCUUUCAUUAGGGUGAACAAAAAUUAGCUUUGAACUUCUCCAGAUAUAAUUGCCGAGUGCAUAUUCAAUUCCAUGUCCAUGGAUCUAUUCAAAGAUUUUGAAAGUUGGACUAAUAAGAGGAUAUGCAUAAGAAUUUCUUCUGUAUGAUUGAUUUCCAUGAAAUUACUUCCAUCGAAGUACACUGUACUCCCAAUUAUUCGAGUUAACUAAAGUUCGAUUGUAUGCACAUGAAGAAUAGAGAAAUCAUUAAUCACGUAAACCGUAAUUAUUUAAGGCUGAACAAAAAUUAUCUUUUCGUUGAAGUUGGUGGCAGUAAAAAUUCGUCUCAGAACCGUGUAUUUUCAAGAAGGAGAAAAGAUUUGCUCUCUUUGCCUCCUUCUGUCACUUUAUCCCCAAUUUGAAGAAAAAUGAUGCUGCAAAUAACAUCUCGCAGUGGUCCGAAAUUCCUUUCUUAACUAUGUGCUUUAUUUGUUAAUAUAUAGUUUACAAAAUCAAAAACAAAAAUAGAAAAAUCGACAAAUUUUUUUAUCAGUACGCCUGUUUUUACUUCAGGGAUUUCUGUUCUUAUAAAACGAAGCAAUUUUAUUCACAAAGUCUUUGCAAUUGCUAAGUUCCCCACCCCCCCCCCUCCGGAAUCAAAAAUCUUAUAAAACACCGUAGUCACGUGACACACGUAUUUUCAUCCAUAUACGAUUAAAACUCAAAAACAAACAUGAAAGUUUCGCUGCAGAGGCUUAAAAGCAAGGAGAUACAUCACUCUUUCUCUGAGAUUUGAGCAGCUCUCUAUUCAUAACUGCCGAUGAAAAAGCGGAAAUAUUCUCGCAAUAUCCACGGUUAUCCAUUAGAUCUGAAAAGUCGCGAUUUUGGAGAAAGUCGCCAUUCGAAAAGUCGCCAGAUUUGACGAUUUCUCGUCAAAUUUGAAAUGAAACAUUAGUCUGCAAAAAGCGUCACCUUGGCGAUAUCUCGACUUUCUAAGGCCAUAGGCACUAUAACUAUGCUAACUGAACAGGGUCAUUUCAAAAAAUGACGAAUUUUGAAUAAAUAUUAAUGAAACAAAUGCCAAAUUUAGCAAGAUUACAACAAAUUAAGUGCAUACAAAUAACAGCUGUUAACAAUGUUUUAUAACAGCAGUAAGGGGACUCCUCGCAUAAUCCGUUCACCGAUAGUUGGAAGUUCAGUGUACGUUUUGCAAUCAUGUGAUUUUGCGUUUGCGUGUACUAUAUAACUGAGUAGAUAUGUGUGUAUGUGUACAUUAAACAUCUAUGAGAAACAAACUUUUCAUGUGUUGAUAACGUUAAGUGCAUUUAUAUAUAAUGUUUAAAAAAGUUCAAAUCAAAAUAUGAUUUGAAGAGGCACAAGAACUGUUAAUACGUAAUAUGCCAAAGAUGCGAAAUAAAAUUGCAUUGUAUGAUGAGAUUAACAAAUUUAAAAUGGAAAAUAAAUAUUUUGCCUAGAAUAUUGUAGUUUCAAUACCAACACAUAUUCUCAAGCAGUUUUCUGUGAUUAAUGACCCCCUACAAAUGUUAUCCACUAAUUAUUUGACCAAAUUCUAAGCCAAUAAAAAUCAAUGUAAUUAAUUGCACUGCACGGUGAAAAGGAGAAAGAAAAAAACAUCUGUAAAUGUUUCUGACAUCCUUCUUACUGAUUCUUAUGUAAAAUGAAUCCAAAUAUGACCACCGUUUACACCCAUUACUUUUUGGAGAUAGUUCUCCUCAUUUAUUAAAAGUUUCCAACAGUUUGAUACCAUUAUUUUUGUUUAGGGGGGAAGGGAGAAUCAUAUUAACCGCUAACACUCUUCUGAGGGCUUUUAGAGAAGUAAUACUCGUAAGUUCAAAAGUAUGAACAUUUGCAGCAAGCAGGAGACUCACGGGGCCA